UCUCAUCAACUUGUCUCUCGUACUCACCAUUUUUUUACUCCCCCAAUCUCCUCUCCUCUUUCCCUCUACCCGCCUCCCUUGCUUCCCGGCAUCUACUGCCCCACCGCCGGGGAUCUCGCCGCCGAGAUCGAGGUCACCACCCCUCAAGAUUCCCCUCCACCGGCUGCGCGCCCCACUUCGCCCUCCCGCGGCGAUCUCGGAGGCGGUUGAGCCGCCCCUUCUCUGCUCCCGUCCCGGUUCCGGCGGGCGCACGCAGAAAGGGCCGGCGACGAUGCGCCGCGAGGAAGGGAGGCGCGGCUCGGCUCCGCGUCGCUGCCGUAGAUAGCAAGAUCUUCUCCCCCUCCGGCGGUGAGCCCGGCCUGCUGCUCCGGGGAGGUCGCGCCUCGCGGCCUGCCGCUGCUCCGGGGAGAUGCCGUCCCUGCAGCUGCUGCAGCUCACCGAGCGCGGGCGGGGGCUCCUGGCGUCCCGGAGGAGGACGCUGGCGGUUGUCUCCGGCGCGCUGGUCGCCGGCGGGGCGUUGGCGUACGCGCGGUCGGGCCGAGGCCAAAGGAGGAGAGGCCGUCCGGAAGCCGCCAAUGACGGUGAUGAUGCAUUGGCCAGGAAUGGGGAAAGGCUGGGUCACAACGGCACGGAUGGCCGGUUGUCCGGGACGACGAAGCGGAGGAAGAGCGCGCUCAAGUCCUUGCAUUUCUUGGCCGCUAUCCUGCUCAAGAAGAUUGGCCCGAAUGGCACGCGAUACCUUCUUGGCUUGAUGCUGACAGCAGUGCUGCGUACUGCUGUCGGGCAUAGAUUAGCAAAAGUUCAAGGCUUUCUGUUUAAAGCGGCAUUUCUUCGGCGUGUUCCAACCUUUACACGCCUAAUUAUAGAAAAUCUGAUCUUAUGCUUUCUCCAAUCAGCAGUAUACCAGACCUCAAAAUACCUAACUGGGUCUCUGAACUUGCGCUUCAAGAAAAUUUUAACAGACCUCGUCCAUGCCGAUUAUUUCCAGAAUAUGGUUUACUACAAGAUCUCUCAUGUGGAUCAUCGAAUAUCAAACCCGGAGCAAAGGAUUGCGAGUGAUAUACCAAAGUUCUGUUCUGAACUUAGUGAACUUGUACAGGAUGAUCUGGCUGCAGUUGCAGAAGGGUUGAUAUAUACCUGGCGUCUCUGUUCUUAUGCUAGUCCAAAAUACAUGCUUUGGAUUCUGGGAUAUAUACUAGUUGCUGGUGGAGCAAUUAGAAAUUUCUCUCCUGCUUUUGGAAAGAUGAAAUCUACAGAGCAGCACUUAGAAGGGGAGUAUCGUCAACUUCAUUCACGCUUAAGAACUCAUGCUGAGAGUGUAGCAUUUUAUGGUGGUGAGAAGAGAGAAGAAUAUCAUAUUAUGCACCGAUUCCGAGCUCUUGUUGGGCACUUGAAGCAUGUACUCCAUGAAAACUGGUGGUUCGGCAUGAUUCAAGAUUUCUUUCUGAAGUACUUUGGUGCCACUGUAGCAGUUGUUCUUAUUAUCGAACCGUUCUUCUCCGGCGACCUUAGACCUGAUUCAUCUACACUAGGAAGGGCUGAUAUGUUGAGUAACCUUCGAUACCACACGAGCGUGAUCAUAGCACUAUUUCAGUCUCUCGGGACCCUUUCUAUCAGCUCUAGGCGUUUGAAUAUCCUGAGUGGCUAUGCAGACCGGAUUCGUGAGUUACUAGAUGUUUCACGUGAGCUGUCUGGGGUCCGUGAUAGAUCGUUGAAUCACAGCUCUUCUGUUGGGAAUUACAUCAGCGAAGCAAACCAUAUAGAAUUUUCCGGUGUUAAGGUGGUGACACCUGCUGGGAAUGUUUUGGUUGAUGAUUUAACUCUCCGAGUGGAAACUGGAUCUAAUCUAUUAAUCACCGGUCCCAAUGGUAGUGGAAAAAGCUCCCUUUUUCGGGUUCUUGGGGGCCUAUGGCCACUGGUAUCUGGCCAUAUUGUCAAGCCUGGUGUUGGUUCCGAUCUUAACAAGGAAAUCUUUUAUGUCCCACAAAGGCCAUACACAGCAGUUGGCACACUUCGCGAACAGCUAAUCUAUCCUCUCACAGCAGAUCAGGAGACUGAACCACUUAGCUAUGAUGGCAUGGUGGACCUUCUAAAGAAUGUUGAUCUGGAAUACUUGCUAGAACGUUAUCCUCUUGACAAGGAAGUUAACUGGGGUGAUGAGCUAUCCCUUGGCGAGCAACAAAGAUUAGGAAUGGCCAGGCUGUUCUACCAUAAGCCAAAGUUUGCUAUUCUUGAUGAGUGUACUAGUGCUGUGACAAUUGACAUGGAAGAACGUUUUUGCAAAAAGGUUCGAGCGAUGGGAACAUCAUGCAUAACAAUAUCUCAUCGCCCAGCGUUAGUUGCAUUUCAUAAUAUUGUUUUGUCAUUGGACGGUGAAGGAGGGUGGGAUGUUCAGCACAGAAGGGAUGACUCAUCCUUUUACACUGAAGAGUCUGAACUUACAUCACUGGAAACUGAACGUAAAUCGGAUGCCCUAACUGUUCAAAGGGCUUUUAUGAACAGGGCAAAGAGCAAUGCUUCGUUAAGGUCCAAGGAUUCCUACUCUACAAAGGUCAUAGCAACUUCCCCCAAGUUGGAAACAGGACAAACAGUACGAACACCUGUAAUCCCACAUUUGCAGUGCUCCCCAAGGCCUCUGCCUCUGAGAGCAGCUGCAAUGCUCAAAAUAUUGGUUCCUAAAUUACUUGACAAACAAGGAGGGCAGUUGCUUGCUGUCGCUCUACUUAUUUUCUCUCGCACUGUGAUCUCGGAUCGUAUUGCUUCACUGAAUGGGACUACUGUGAAGUUUGUCUUGGAGCAGGAUAAAGCUGCUUUUGUUCGGUUAGUUGGUGUCAGUGUUCUGCAGAGUGCUGCCAAUUCUUUUGUUGCACCAUCUCUGAGAACCCUUACUUCAAGACUUGCCCUUGGAUGGCGUAUUCGUUUGACCAACCAUUUGCUUCAAUAUUAUUUGAGAAGAAAUGCAUUCUACAAGGUAUUCAAUAUGUCAGGUAAAAGUAUCGAUGCAGACCAAAGAUUAACACUUGAUGUGGAUAAGUUGACCACUGACCUUGCUGGCUUGGUUACUGGAAUGGUAAAACCACUAGUUGACAUUCUUUGGUUUACAUGGAGAAUGAAGCUUUUGUCCGGCCGAAGAGGAGUUGGUAUAUUGUAUGCUUACAUGUUACUAGGAUUGGGUUUCCUGAGAGCUAUAUCACCCGACUUUGGUCAUCUUGCAAGCGAAGAACAAGAACUUGAAGGAACAUUCAGGUUUAUGCACUCGAGGCUGCGGACACAUGCUGAAUCAAUUGCUUUCUUUGGUGGUGGUUCAAGAGAAAAGGCUAUGGUUGAGGCUAAAUUCAUGAAAUUGCUUAACCACUCAAAGGUUCUGUUGAGAAAGCAAUGGCUUUAUGGUAUUGUUGAUGAUUUUGUGACAAAGCAACUCCCACACAAUGUGACAUGGGGUCUGAGUUUGUUAUAUGCUCUGGAGCACAAGGGAGACAGAGCUUUGACUUCAACACAAGGAGAGCUGGCACAUGCUCUGCGGUUCUUGGCAUCAGUGGUGUCACAAAGCUUCAUAGCCUUCGGUGACAUUCUUGAGUUGCAUAAGAAAUUCCUUGAACUUUCUGGUGGGAUUAACCGGAUCUUUGAACUCGAGGAGAUUUUGCGUGUAGCUCAAAAGGGUAAGUUUCAGUUAGAUACCCCAGUGCCUUCCAGUGCCAUUAGUGCAGCCUCAGCCGAAAUUAUUGAAUUCCAUGAAGUGGAUAUUGUAACACCUUCGCAGAAGCUAUUGGCUAGGAAGCUGUCAUGCAGUGUGGUACAAGGGAAAAGCCUUCUUUUGACUGGCCCCAAUGGUACCGGGAAGAGCUCUGUGUUUAGGGUGCUCAGAGAUUUAUGGCCUGCCUUUUCUGGGAGAGUUACCAAGCCCUCUGAAGGGAUGUUCCAUGUUCCUCAGAGUCCAUACACCAGCCUGGGAACUCUUAGGGAUCAGAUCAUAUACCCUCUGUCAAGGGAGGAAGCAGAGAUGAAGAUUCUUUCAUUAUAUAAAGCUAGCAACAGGUCUAGUGCUCCUGAGUUGCUAGAUGACCACCUGAAGACGGUUCUUGUGAAUGUCCGGUUGGUCUACCUUCUAGAGAGAGAAGGCUGGGACUCUACCCCAAACUGGGAAGACGUUUUGUCGCUGGGAGAACAGCAGAGGCUUGGGAUGGCUCGUUUGUUCUUCCACCAUCCAAAAUUCGGCAUCCUCGACGAGUGCACAAACGCUACGAGUGUUGAUGUUGAAGAGCAUCUGUACAGGCUAGCAACAGACAUGGGCAUAACUGUGAUCACUUCGUCACAAAGGCCUGCUCUCAUACCCUUCCACUCCGUGGAGUUAAAGCUCAUCGACGGCGAGGGAAACUGGGAGCUGUGCGAGAUCCAGCAUUGAUUGACGCCACCAGCUAGAGUUUUAUCGGCUCUCAGUCACUUAUGCCGUACGGAAGAAGAUGCUGCUGCUGCUGCUACUGGUGCUGCAGCAAUUUGUUCAUAACAGGUGGCCCUCACGGACCGUCUGAAAGCUGGAGCAGUCUGUACAUCUGCGAAGCAGUUCGAAACAAAGAAAUGAAUCCUUGCCAGGAACUCAAAAGACGCAGAACAUGUCGGUCGUAGUCUAGUUAUACCGAAUUUAGUAACAAACUGAACGAGCAGGUGAUGACGGUAAACCGGAUGCUUAGGAUUGAGAGGUGUUUCAGUUUGGAGGUGUGGAGUGAAGUAGGAAGAGUGUAUAGCAGCAGUACAUAAUCUCAGAGCAGCUGUUAAUGUUAAUUCAUCCAUCCUAUUAUUGAUUGAUUCCAAGAUAGUGUAGUACAUAUGGAAUAAAUUUGGCUGUUCUUGCCAUCAUCUUCAUUGUUGUCGUCGUCGUCAGAAAAGAUCGUGUAAACAAAAAGGCAGGAAAUUAUGGAAUAAGUUAUUGGUUGUUGCCAUCACCAAACUGCAAUUGAAUGUUUCUUUUGCAUCA